UCCACUCACGCCCAUUCCUCAGAAGACGCACAAGGGAGAGGAACACUUCAUCAGUCUUUACGCAGCGUCCCCAGCUCUCCGUGGUCUCUGCUCUUAAUGGAGCACCUUUAAACCCAAUACCUUUAUUCGCUGAGGAGGCUUUAGAAAGUUGUUGCGCUGAUCCUAAGUUGAGGAGACAUGUCAGCCGCGCAGGGACUUCUCAACAGCGUGUUUUCCUGCUCAUCUCCUGCCUCCAAAGCUAUAGCUAAGAGGAGGCUGCGCCAAACCCGCAGCCUGGACCCUGUUAUUAUACGGCACUGCGGCACCGGGACCGAUGGGAUGAGCGGGGCGCAGUUUGCGGCUGCCGACGCAGGUGCGCCUCCGUCUGCGAAGCCGGCUUUGCGCUCCAGGAUCCCGACUCUGAAAGAACCCAUCACACCAUCGGUCUCCUCUCCAUCCAUACCUUCAGAAGUUUCUCCAUCCUCCAAUUUCCACUUCGACUACGAAAUUGCGAAGCGCCCGAAAAGGAAUACCGCAGGAGAUUUAUCGUUUAUGGUGCGGGGAGCCGGCGCUGCGCCGUCGGGGAGCACCGGCGCGCUCUUCUCGCCGCGGAGGUGGCUCCAGCGGAAAGUGCAGCCGACCUGCCCUCACGCGUAUGUUGUGUGGAAAUCAGAGGGAGAUUUCACCUGGAGCAGCCUAUCAGGGCAGAGUGUACGCCUGACUCCAGUUGCAAUCCAGAGCCUGUCGGAGCUGGAAAGAGCCAGGCUGCAGGAAGUAGCCUACACCCGCUUACUCCAGGACUAUGACCAGGGAGGUCAAAUAACCAUCCCAAAGGAUGGACAGAAGAGGAAAAAGUCAUUAAGAAGGAAGCUCGACUCUCUAGCCAAAGAAAAGAGUAAAGACAAAGAGUGUGUACCCCAGGCCUUCAGCAUACCCCUGUCACAGGUCAUUGCCAAUGACAGAGCACACAGGCAGCGUCAAGAUGCUUACCGCCUGGACCCUCCGCAAAGGGAGGAGCACAAAGACUCCUCUGACCUCGUGUCGUCCAUUUUGCAGUUUGCCACCAAGCGACCAUCCAACAAAGAGUUGUCCAGCAGUAACUCUUCACUGAGUUCCACGUCAGAGACAGCCAAUGAGUCAACGUCGCCCAACACCCCCGAGUCUGCACCACGAGUCCGCAGGAGGGGAGGCAUGUCUGUGGAUUCCAUCACAGACCUGGAUGACAACCAGUCACGCCUCCUCGAGGCGCUGCAGCUCUCCCUGCCGGCCGAGACACCAAGCAAGAAGGAAAAGCACAGGGACAAACGUCUGAGCCUGAAUCCCAUCUACCGUCAGGUGCCCCGGGUGGUCGACAGCUGCUGUCAGCACAUCGAGAAACACGGUUUGCAGACAGUGGGGAUCUUCAGAGUGGGAAGCUCUAAGAAGAGAGUGAGACAACUGCGGGAAGAGUUCGAUCGCGGUAUCGACGUGCAGCUGGACGAGGAGCACAGCGUUCAUGACGUGGCAGCUCUGCUAAAGGAGUUCCUCAGGGACAUGCCCGACCCUCUUCUAACCAGGGAGCUCUACACAGCCUUCAUCAACACCACAUUGUUGGAGCUGGAUGAGCAGCAGAGCAUCACUCAGCUGCUGAUCUACCUGCUCCCGGCAUGCAACAGUGACACUCUGCAUCGCCUGCUUGAGUUCCUGUCCACCGUGGCAGACCACGCCAACGACCAGCACACCAAGGACGGUCAGGAGAUACCAGGAAACAAAAUGACGUAUUCAAACCUCGCUACCAUCUUUGGCCCCAACCUGCUCCACAAACAAAAGAGCUCAGACAAGGAGUUCAGCGUCCAGAGCUCCGCCAGGGCCGAGGAGAGCACCGCCGUCAUCGCCGUGCUGCAGAGGAUGAUUGCGGGCUGCCAUACUCUCUUCAUGGUGCCCCCCGAUCUGCAAAAUGAAGUCUUGAUGAGCCUUUUGGAGACAGAUCCGGAUGUGGUCGACUACCUUCUCAGGAGGAAAGCCUCACAGAGUCCCGACCUCCUUCAGUCCGAGGAGCCCUUCAGUCUGAGUGAGCGACGCUCGUCCAGCGACUCCAACAAGGUGUCCAGUGGGGAAGUUUCUCCUUAUGACAACAAUUCACCGGUGCUGAGCGAGCGCAGAGGAGAACCGGGGAGUCCGGCCAGUGAACAGCAGCUCCUUGUGGUGGAGCAGGUGCCCGACUGGAGUCGAGAGCCUUCCAAAGAGGAGCAUGCUAACAUUUGGGGCACAUGGCACAGAACUCUUAAACCAGUUCUCAAGAAUCAAUCAUAUACAGGUUCCCAUGGCAACAUGUCAGAGGAUAACUCCCACAGUUCUCAGGAAGGUCUUGAUGGAUCCCAUGGGGAUGUCAAACUGCAGACAGACGCAAAACGAACUCAUACAGCAUUGGAGGGCAGAACCCACCCCCCCAUAACACGACUGUACACAGCCCCUCACUCACAGACAGGGCGACCACGCCUGCAGCUGAACAUUAACCCCGCUGUGACUACCGACCUGAACAGCAUGCAGGGCUCCCUUCGAUUGCCUAGCGAUGGACGCUUCCCUCCCCCAUACAACGCACAUCGUCGCGUGACCGGCUCUCAGAGCUCCCCGCAGCUUGCGACACCUCCACGGCAUCAACUGCAACCCGGCAGGCAGAUCACGCCGCAGACCAACUCGGGCCAGAUGAUUCCGCAGAGUGCGGAGUGGCAGGACUGGCAGCGGGAACGGUGGCAGAUCUGGCAGCUGCUCUCCUCAGACAAUGCCGACACACUGCCGGAGACGCUGGUGUGAUCUCAGCCUGUAGGAUCCUGCAUGGGCAAAACCCUUCAGUGACAAUCCCACCUUGUUCUUCUCCUUUUUUUUCUUUCCAUCUUUCCAGAAAACACCUUUGAGCUCUUGCAUCUCAGCGCCAUGAAGUUGUUUACAUGCGCAGCUGCUGCCUUAUACAGACUUUAUGUUUAAAUCUACGAGCCACUAGUAUCUCUUCUUUGUAUAGAUUUUGACCUCUUUCAUUUGACCCUUGUGUUUUGUGAGUUAGGAGCCCACCAAAAUUACCUCAAAACAUAUAACCCUUUUAAAAUAACAAGUAUUCCACUACGAGUCAACUUAGCCUUCUCGAUGGAAAUAAUUUGCUUCUUUGCUGUUUUUAAACAUAUUUUAUUGCUUUAUUUUUUUACACAAACUCUUAAGAUGUACACGUCAUUUGCUGCUAACUUUUUUGUGCAUACUAUGAAUGUAAUUCAGCCACAUGUUCCUGCAAAGAUCAAAUGUUGAAUUAUGCUUUAAUGUUAAAUGUUGUUAAACUGUACAGUAUGUAACAUAAGAUAACAUAUAUGUUGUUUUCCUCGGAGUAUCUACCUAAAAUUAACAGUUGCUUCAAUGGUUGGUCUAGAACGUUUUUGUCCCUUUUCUGUUACAGUCUUUCAUUUUGAAUGUAAAAAAGUAUUUCUGGUGGCAUAAAUGUUAUUGUCAAAGCAUGCAGCUGUAGGUUACGUGCCCUUGCCGUCUGCUGGACACAAUGUGCCAAAGCUCCACUAGAGUUUUCAGGAUCAGUUUUGUUUUUGCUUGUUUCUUUGAUGGGCCUUUGAACAGUUUUAAGAUUUAUUUCCAUUAUUUUGGAAGCAUAAAAAAACUCAUUUUAAAAUCAAAGUUAAAGGUCAAAGUUUAAAGUCAUUAAGGUGAUAUAAUUUUGAAAAUAAAAAGUGUUACGACUUUUUUAUUGUAAUAUAAAAGAUUUUUUUUUUUAUCUGUAAUAUAUUAAAUGAAAAUAGGUACAUCCUCUUCUAUAAUUAUUGGCUCCCCUGGUAAAGUUGUGUUUUUCAGAGAAUUUAUAUCUGGGGACUGAUAUUGCAAUGGCAGGCUUAUUUUGUAUUUAAUUUUUGUAUAGAUUUGGUCAAAUUGUUUUGACUAUUACUCUGCUGAAAGACCUCAGGAGAACCCAUUUUGAGUUUUCUGGCAGAGUCGAUCAGAUUUUUAAAUAAAUGUCCUGUUAUAUCAAAUAAAAUUCCCAGGCCAAGUGAAUAAAAGAAACAGGUCAAGAUAAUCAUAAAUCCUCUAAUGUGCUUUAAAGUGGGAAUUAGGGGCUUUUCCAAACAGUCAUCCCUUGUUUCACACCAGACCCACUAAGUGUAUUUUUUUUCCCCAAAAAGUUAGUCUUAGUCUCUGACCAAGGCAUACAUCUCUAGUGGUCGAGUAAUUAAUAGUUUUUAGACAUUCUGUGCGAUAAAAAAAAAAAAAUCUGUUAUCUUAACAGGAGAUAGGGACACUAAUAAGUGUGGGACUGGUAGUUUUAUAAUUAAACAGCAUUAAAGAUAUUGUUGAACUUAAAUGUGAAACAAAUUAAAUGCCGGAUGUUUCUAAAUUAUUACACGUAAGGUUAUGUCACUGCAAUAAAAGAUUCAUUUAUUUUUAAGACCUAUCUUUACCAGGUGUGGCAAUACUUUUGUUUGGCACUGCAAAUAUUCUUCAAAAUGUUUUUUUCUCACAUUUCUCACAUUUGACUGACCCUAUUGAUUAACUACAUUGGUUCAAUCUGUCUCAAGAUUUAAAAUUCAGGGGAACAAUUUGCAGGCAAAUAGUUCACUCUUUGUUCUCUGCAGUGGUCAUAUUUGCUCAUAUAAAGCUCUUUUUAAAAUGUCAGUCAGUCAUUUUCUACCGCAUAUUCCAUAGUGGGUCGCGGGGAAGCUGGUGCCUAUCUCCAGCAGUCUAUGGGCGAGAGGCGGGGUACACCCUGGACAGGCUUUUUAAAAUGUAAUUAGAACAAAAUAUUAUAACACCAGAAAAACAGGAAUAGUUGUGUUAAUGCAGGUGGUGCCAUCUAGUGUUAGAAAACGUGCUUAAACUCGUUGCUGCCGCCCACAGUGCAACGUUUCCAUGGAAACCCACCUGCCCAUUGGUGCUGAGAUUCAAAGCAUGUGACUUAAAAGCACCUUCUGUGAUAUAUUAGGAGCCGAGUGUGCCAUAGGUCCAGUCUCACUACGUUAUUUUAUACAUGUGUGAGUUUGUUCUUUGUUGUAAUAUGAAAUAUAAUGUAUCAAUUUGAAGUCAAAAAGGAAGAAAACUAAGGAAAAAAGGAGGUAAUCCUUAUGGUCCUCAUUUAAUCUCAUAUCUUGUUAACCUUACUAUUAAACCACCAGACCCUGUUUUGUCUUGGUGGCUUUUCCUGGGUCCAAAGUUGUUAUUCGUUUGGUAACUGCUUGUGUACUGCGUGUCCUCAUCAGCAUAUGCUACCAUUGAAUUAAAUAUGAUAAAGUUUA